UGAGAGCUUCCUAAUCUUUCAACAAUGGAACACAAGGAGGAAAAAGAAGGGGAAGAAGACGAAUAUGGGAUUCUUCUAUAUUACAAGUACACCCAAAUCCCAGACAUCGACGACCUCUUUGCCUUCUACAACUCCAACUGCAACUCCCUCUCUCUCCUCGGCCGUGUCCGUCUCUCUCCUCUAGGUGUCAACGUCACCGUUGGCGGGAAGUUAUCUGCGUUGAGGAAGCACAUUGCCGCGGUUGAGUCGAAUAGUUUGUUCCAUGGAACUGACUUCAAGCUUGCGACUUGUGGCCGCCCGUUGAAUGACAAGGUUGCUGAAGAAUGUGGGUUCACUUCUCUCUCGGUUCGCAUUGUCAAGGAAUUGGUUACCCUUAGCUCUAAUCCUCUGCUAAAAUCACCAGACAUUUCGGAUGCUGGAAAGCAUCUCUCCGCGGUUGAGUUUCAUUCAGUUCUAGAAAGAGCUGGACAAUUUGACAAAGAGAGUAUAGAUAACAACAGCGAACUUGUUCUGUUGGAUGCAAGGAACUUAUAUGAGACCAGAAUUGGGAAAUUCAACACACCCAAUGUGGCAACUUUGGAUCCAGGCAUUAGGCAGUACAGUGAUCUGCCCUCGUGGAUAGAUGAUAACUCUGAUCAAUUGCAAGGGAAAUCUGUCCUCAUGUAUUGUACUGGAGGAAUCAGAUGUGAAAUGGCAUCGGCUUAUAUUAGGUCAAAAGGUGCUGGAUUUGAGAACGUGUUUCAGUUAUAUGGUGGAAUACAGCGUUACUUGGAACAAUUUCCAGAUGGUGGUUUUUUCAAGGGAAAGAACUUUGUUUUCGAUCAUCGGAUUUCCGUUGGGAGUUCAGAUGCAAAUAUUAUGGGCACCUGCCUUCUCUGUGGCUUGUCGUUUGAUGAUUAUUCUUCACGCCUCCGUUGCAGUUAUUGUAGAAUGCUUGUCUUAGUUUGUGAGAGUUGCCAGAGGAAGGGCUCUGUAUACGUAUGUGAGCUUUGCCAGAAUCAUCACAAGGGUGUUCGGUUGAUUUCUUCCACCGAAAAUGGAAGAUUAAGUUCAACUCCACAACAAAUUGAGACUGAAACUGUCUCUUCCGAUGCUAAGCCCUCGCCUCAGCUGCCUUGGAGACAGGAUGUUGACUCUCCACCAAGAAAACUAAGAAUCUUAUGCCUACAUGGGUUUCGUCAGAAUGCCUCGAGUUUUAAGGGAAGAACGGCAUCAUUAGCGAAGAAACUCAAAAACAUUGCUGAGCUCGUGUUUGUGGAUGCACCUCACGAAUUGCCAUUCAUAUACCAAUCCUCAACCUUUGCUGAGUCACAUCACAAUUGUAAUUCACCAACUUCAUCACUACUACAACAAAGUCGUCCACCACCGCCCUUGGAGCAUUGCAAGAAAAAAUUUGCAUGGUUUGUAGCACCCGAUUUCGUAGAAAAGAAUGAAGGGGGGGAAUGGAAAAUGGAAGAGAGUCCAUUUGAUCCUCUUCAGUACCAGCAGCAAACAGCGGGGUUUGAUGAAUCAUUAGCAUAUAUCAAAACAGUGUAUGCUGAGGAGGGACCCUUUGACGGACUGUUGGGAUUUUCUCAGGGAGCGGCCAUGGCAGCUGCUUUAGUCUGUGCCCAACAAACACAAAGGAGAUCAUUAACCGCAGGCGGAAUGGAGUUUAGGUUUGUGAUUCUGUGCUCCGGGUUCGGGCUUACAAAACUAAUGCAGUCCGAAGAGGAGCAAGAGAGAGUUCCGAUGUUGAAAUGCCCGUCGCUCCACAUAUUUGGCAGUGAGCAUGGCAAAGACAGGCAGAUUGCAAACCAAGCAAGCAGAGAUCUUGCUUCUUUAUUUGAUGAUGGUUGUUCUCUAAUCAUUGAACACGACUCGGGUCAUAUCAUUCCCACUCGUCCUCCUUACAUCGAUCGGAUUAAGGACUUUCUUCGCCGGUUUCUCUAAACCCACCGGUGCAAGGCAAACGAUCUUUAGCGUUCAGAGCUCACAGCAACAAAUGGACAGUGGUACCAGAGAGAACUGUCGUCUUUACCAAUCCUCUUUUGGAAUAAUAACAGAGCAAUUAGUCAAAGAGUAUCGGCUUGAAGAAGUGAAUUCGCCACCAGAUAUGUUCAAUCUUUCUGUGGUUAAAGAAUUUUACAGUAACAUACCAAAAGAGUUUCCCAAAAGCCGUCAAGUGGUGUAUGUCCGAGGAAAGUUCGUCACCUUCACUCCCAAUAUCAUCAGCAAGGUCUUGAAUCUACCUUAUACCUCAGAUGAGGAUUUUGGGAUGUUUGUACAAUCUGUUAAGUCAUUCAACCAACAUGUUUUGAAAUCUUCUUGUCCUCUCAUAGAUGGAUGUCCUUGGGAUUUUAUUAAAUUCAACGUUCUUGGUACAUCCAAUCCUGUUCACACAAA